AUAGAAGUUGGCAAACUUCAUUUUAACGCAAACCAACUUUGGUCCAUUCUAGCUACUGCCAGUUUGUUCUAUAGUUAAUAAGUUAAUCUACAUCAAUCUGAUAAAGUUAUAAGUUUUACUCGUGCUUUCAAAUGCAUUAGUAAACCUAAAUCUGAUUAAGCUCAGUUCGAACCUGUAAUCAUGAUCAACGAGAUUUUCAAAGAAAUCAACAAAUCGAAUUUCGCCGCUAACGGAGAUUCAAUUGAUAAAUUGGUCAGUUUUUACACAGUGCUAAUUUACAUAAUUGGCGCCAUAUUCCUCAGCGUUUCUCCUUUCGUUGCCGGAUUUUUCCAGUGCUACACUCCGGCUGAGUACAGACCGGGGUGGGUCCAAUAUGCCACCCGUUACUGCUACCUGAAGAACUCAUUCUAUAUCCCGUUCAAAAAUGACGAGGGUGAUGAUGACGUUCUCAUUGCUGAACACAUGCGAAGCGGGGAUGCUUUGGAGAUCACAUAUUACCAAUGGAUCCCGUACUACCUCGCCUUUUCCUCGAUUCUCUUCAUGAUUCCCUACAUAUACUGGACGUCAAUCACAAAAAUGGCAGGAGUUGACUUGGAAUACCUGAUCACACAGGCUGCAAAGUUUGACGUGAGCUGCUCGAAGGAAAAUCGUGAAAAGACGAUCAAAUCUCUUGCUGAUUACAUCGAUAUUUACCUGGACAAUCAGGAACAAAUUCCUGGAAGGAAAAGUUGCACGGAAAAGAUGAUGGACAUGUUUAAGUGUUGCAGCAACCAUAAGGGGAACUUAAUGGGGAACAACUACUUUUUCUCCAAACUCAUGUACAUUGCCAUAAUUGGACUUCAACUGUACUCCUUGUGCAAAUUUCUGGGCAUGAACCUAAUUUUCUACUCAUUCGAUCCAAAAACAUUCGGCGACUUGAUUCUGACUCACUCGUUUGAAUGGCGUGAAAAGGAACUUUUCCCACUCGUCACGUACUGCAACUUCACCAAACAAAUCGAACACGGGCAGGAGGAAAAGCGGUUUAUUCAGUGUUCGAUGCCGAAUAAUAUUUUCAACGAGCGAUACUUUGUGCUUGUUUGCUAUUGGCUCGUCGCGUUGUUCGCUUUGAUGGUGUACUCGGCCUUUUCGUGGUUCAACAUGAUUUUUCUCGGAAUGAGACGAGACGUCUACGUGAAAAACUUGAUCCGAGUGACAGAGGAGUUUCCGAAAGAAGAAGGGAGUUUGGACAAGGAACGACUUCGCGAAUUUGUGUCUUGGUACCUGCAGCAAGACGGAAUCUUCGUAUUCCGAAUGAUCGAAACCAACACCAGCCGAGUCGUAGCUUCCGAGAUCAUGUGCAAACUGUGGGAGCAUUUCAACUCUAAUUAUGAAGAGGAGAAAAAGCACCGAAGACAGAAAUCGGGAAAGAAGCCUCCGGGUCGGGAGUCUUCGGAGAUGUCAAACAUGGGAGAUGAUGAGGAAUAUGAUGGGUAUGAUCCGAAGUCAGAAGUGGCAGGGUCUUCGACCGCCUAAAUCAUUCAACUUUGAUUGAAGAGUGAAUGCAACUAAAAUAGCUAUUUUACUACUACAAAAUAACUUCAGGUUGUUGGCUGGUUUUCAGGUUUCAGAUUUUCAGUGAUUUUUUAAGAAAAAAAAUAUUAUAAAAAUUGAUUUAUUUGUAAUAUGAUGUUUAUAUUUUGGACUCGGUAAUGAAAUUGUGGCCAACGAUUUGAUAGAGGCAAAUUUUCCAGAGCGAUUGACGACCAAACAAAGAAAAGAAAAAAGAACCAUUGAUAUCAUCAUAAUUGAGCAUAUUAAUCUAUUAGUAGUAUGAAUUCGAUAUUAAAAUUUGAAAACUA